AAAUACAUACUGAAAUCUAUAUCCUAGGAUUUGAAACAAACUCCCCUUAUCAAAUUGAACUCAAUAGCAAUUCUCAGGUCCCCACUUUUUUCCCCUCUCCACUCUCCUUCCUGUGGACUCACCCACCUACGCAAUUUUCUUCCAACAGUCGAAAACUCCGAUCUUUCACCCCCAAAUUUCACUCCCUCUCAUCGAUCCGAUCUCAAAUCCCCAAUUCCGUGCCCUAAAUCCAAUACAGAUCGCCGCCAUGAUCGAAACGGCGAAGCUGGCGUGGUCUCGUUUGCCGAGCGCCGAGGACGCGGAGGCGCAGGAGGAGGAGAUCAACCAGAGGAUCCUCGCCGGCGGCGGAGCGGAGAGCCUUGAUUAUGAGAUUAUUGAGAAUCACGCCUAUCGAGAAGCGCAGGCGAGGAGAGGAAAGCUUUUUGUUUGGUAUCAUGUGGUCGUGAAAUGGUUCUUCUCGUUGUUGAUAGGAAUUGGCACUGGUGUGGCUGCAGUUUUUAUUAAUCUGGCAGUUGAGAACUUCUCAGGCUGGAAAUAUGCAGCGACCUUUUCUAUUAUACAGCAUUCUUACUUUGCGGGUUUCUUGGUGUUUGUUAUGUUCAAUCUAGCUUUGGUCUUUUCUUCUGUAUACAUCAUCACACAAUUUGCACCAGCAGCAGCUGGAUCUGGUAUUCCUGAAAUUAAAGGGUACUUAAAUGGAGUUGAUACACAUGGGAUUCUCCUCUUAAGAACAUUGAUUGGAAAAAUAUUUGGAAGCAUUGGUUCAGUGGGGGGUGGACUUGCUCUUGGCAAAGAAGGUCCCCUUGUUCACACUGGUGCCUGCAUUGCUUCCCUUCUUGGACAGGUCCAUGCAUUGAUUGUCCAAGGCGACCAAGAGACGGCUUUUGAGUAUUUGAAUCAUAAUUUCAUGGUUGCCAUUCGUUCUGGGGGAUCGACAAAAUAUCACUUAAACUCGAGGUGGUUGCAAGUUUUCGAAAGUGAUCGAGAUCGCCGAGACCUUGUAACAUGUGGCUGUGCAGCUGGUGUUGCUGCUGCUUUUAGAGCUCCUGUUGGAGGUGUACUCUUUGCAUUGGAAGAAGUUACAUCCUGGUGGAGAAGUCAGCUUAUGUGGAGAGUUUUCUUUACAUCUGCUGUUGUGGCUGUUGUUGUACGGUCUGCAAUGAACUGGUGCAAGAGUGGGAAAUGUGGACAUUUUGGUUCUGGGGGUUUCAUAAUCUGGGACAUCUCAGAUGGUCAAGAGGAUUACUCUUUUCAGGAAUUACUCCCGAUGGCCAUUAUUGGUGUUAUUGGCGGUCUUCUUGGAGCCUUAUUUAACCAGCUUACUCUUUAUAUAACUAGCUGGCGUCGGAAAUAUUUGCAUAAGAAAGGAAACAGAGUGAAGAUAUUUGAAGUAUGCCUUCUGUCUUUUAUAACUUCAGCUAUUUCAUUCGGAUUACCACUCCUGAGGAAAUGUAGUCCAUGCCCCAAUCCAGAAACUAAUCCUGGCAUUGAAUGCCCUCGCCCACCAGGAAUAGAUGGAAAUUUUGUAAAUUUCUUUUGUGCGAAGGACAAGGAAUACAAUGAUUUGGCAACCAUUUUCUUUAAUACUCAGGAUGAUGCUAUACGCAAUUUAUUUAGUGCAAAGACAUUUCAUGAGUAUAGUGCUAAGAGCCUUCUCACAUUUUUGGUUAUGUUCUAUUCCUUGGCAGUAGUGACAUUUGGAACUGCUGUUCCUGCUGGUCAGUUUGUUCCCGGAAUAAUGAUCGGUUCAACUUAUGGCCGACUUGUUGGAAUGUUUGUGGUUAAAUUUUACAGCAGACUUAAUGUUGAAGAGGGAACUUAUGCUCUUCUUGGUGCUGCUUCAUUUCUUGGAGGUUCUAUGCGAAUGACUGUUUCUUUAUGUGUCAUUAUGGUUGAGAUCACAAAUAACUUGAAGCUUUUACCCUUAAUCAUGCUUGUUCUUCUUAUAUCUAAGGCUGUUGGUGACUUUUUCAAUGAGGGUCUGUAUGAAGAGCAAGCCCAGUUGAGGGGCAUUCCUUUGCUUGAGUCUCGGCCUAAACAAUAUAUGCGCAAUAUGACAGCAAAAGAGGCUUGCAAGAAUCAGAGGGUUGUGUUCUUCUCUCGUAUUGUCAAAGUUGCAGACAUACUAUCAGUUCUGCAGAGCAACACACACAAUGGUUUUCCAGUGAUAGAUCAUGGACGAAAUGGUGAAACACUAGUGAUAGGUCUCAUACUUCGUAGUCACUUAUUGGUUCUUCUACAGUCUAAGGUAGAUUUUCAAGAUAGCCCGUUUCCUUGUGAUAUUCGUGGUGCAUCCAACAGGCACAAUCUUAGCGAUUUUGUGAAACCUGCCACAAGCAAAGGAAAGUCUAUAGAUCAAAUUCAUUUGACUGAUGAUGAAAAGGAGAUGUACUUAGAUCUUUCUCCCUUUCUGAACCCAUGCCCGUAUAUUGUGCCAGAAGAUAUGUCUUUGUCAAAGGUGUACAAUCUUUUUCGACAAUUGGGUCUAAGGCAUAUAUUUGUAGUCCCUCGUGCAUCUCACGUUAUCGGUCUGAUUACUAGAAAGGAUUUGUUGCUCGAGGAGAAUGACAAUAUAGAUACUGUUGAGCUCCAAUCGACUGUAAGGGAUCAACGGCUGAAUAAAAGAUCAGUUGGUCGAGAUGUACAUACUGAGCCCCUUCUUGAUAGUCUUCUAAUCCAGUAGGACCUUGUAUCUUUUAGAUCAUUCAUCAUAUGAAAAUCAGCAAUUCUUUAAGUUGCUUAGGCUAAGAAAUCAUGUGCACUAGAUAUAUACACGCCCCAUCAUCAAUUGUAUCAAUAUAUACAGAGUGUGAAUAUGUAAAGGGUAUUGGGGCAGCCCAAGUCAAUGGUGCCUUCUGUUGUCAAAGCUUAACUGGUUCCAAGAGACAAUUUUUGGAUUUCUUUGAAAAGAUGUUAUUGGUUAAUCAAAUGUAUAACUGCUGUCAUUUUAAUGUUUUCCAAAUUGUGUACGUUUGUUGCA